GUGACUAAUCGACUGACCGCGAAGAUAUCCCGCAUAAGGCUCUUGAAGACCCCAGCCGCCAUUGCCACAAACGGAAGUCUAUCCGGAGGAAGCCCCAGCGGAGCAAGACCAAAGCAAACCUCACCCAAGAAGAUGAACUACAGUAACGUGGAAGACACUGCCGCCUUGUACGCAUUCAACAACUUGCCCAAGGAAUGUAAUACUUCGCCAUCCAACGGCGGCUACGAUUUUGACGACUGCUCCUGGUUCACUUUCUUCGGCAAUCCAAACGAUAUGAGCGAAGACUCUUUGCCCAGUAAUGACCAUAGAAGUGGAUCCACCAGCAGAAUUCCACGAUGUGCCCAACGACCACGCCAAAUGGCUUCGGCCAAUCGAUUCCAUCAAAUGGCUGCGUCGCCACGGCCAUCUCCCCGGCCAAACUACUCUUUCCAGCCGGUAUUCCACGAACGUACAACCCAUGAGGACGAUACAGUAUUAACCCAGGAGCUGUGGAAGCUGGCGCGCAAGUCAGGCACCCUGAAUCUGUCGAACAAGGGAUUGGCCAGUGUGCCCGAGCGACUCUACGACAUCAACGAGGCCGAUGCGGAGAGCAGGGCGGCCACUCUAGAGCAGCUAUCGAUCAAAGAUGAGGAUGCCUGGUGGAACCAAGUGCCAUUGACUAAUUUAGAUCUGAGCUCCAACGCUUUAUCGCACAUAUCUCCAAAGAUUGAGAACCUGCAGUCGCUAACAGUCUUGAUUCUCCAUGACAACGCCCUGGUUGAUCUGCCAGCGGAGAUCGGUAAGCUGGAGAAGCUUAUGCGCCUGAAUGUGAGUCGCAACAAGCUCAGCGAUUUGCCGCGAGAGCUGUACAGCCUGCCGGAGCUGCGGCAUCUGAAUAUCAGCUAUAAUGAGUUCAGCGAACUUAAUCCGGAUAUCAGUGAUCUGCACAUGCUGGAGUUUCUGGAUGCCGGGCAUAAUAGCAUAAAAUCCUUGCCUGGCGGUAUUGGUUUUCUGGUGCGUUUAACAGCCCUCUUGUUGCCCUAUAACCACAUUAAGGAUCUCCCACCUGAUCUGGUUAACAUGCGCUCGCUGCAAAGGUUGGACCUGAUGCAGAAUGACCUCACCUGCUUGCCGGAGGACAUGGGCCUGCUAAGGAAGCUCCAGUUCCUGUACCUUCAACAUAACGACAUCCUGGAGCUGACCGACUUCGAAGGAAACGAGACACUGACCGAGCUGCAUGCCAGCAACAAUUAUAUAUCGAACAUACCCAUAAGGAUGUGUGAGAACUUGCCGCAUCUGAAGGUACUCGACGUCCGGGACAAUAAGAUUACACAGCUGCCCGAUGAGCUGUGCCUGCUGCGGAAUCUCAACCGCUUGGACGUAUCGAACAAUAGCAUCGACAAGCUGCCUGUUAGCCUGGCGGCGCUGGCCCAUUUGAUUAGCCUGCAGGUGGAGGGCAAUCCCAUCAAGUCCAUUAGACGUGACAUCCUCCAGUGCGGAACUUCGCGCAUCCUGAGGACUUUGCAGGAGCGUUCCGUGGCCAAGAGCAAGGACGAGGGGGAAUCCGAUAGUGGCGCGGGAGCCCGCCUAAGUGGCGGACAAGCGGGCAACGACACAGCCGCAAACUAUCCCGACAGCAGAUAUCAGCCACAGCAACAGCAAAAUCACUUCGAAUAUCAGUUUCAAUAUCGGGCUCAGGCUCAUAUGCGACCAAUGCAACCGCAAGCCGAGCCCUUCAGAGUCUACGAGCCGCCGUACAGUCGCCAGGGGCAGGAACAUGUAUACGAUCAAGAAAACUGUGAAACAGAAAAAAAAUUUGACUAUUCUGGCCACUAUAUGCAACAGCAGCAACAUAACUUUCAAUUCAAUGGCUAUUCAUCAAUGUAUCAACAACAGCAGCAACUAUGCUACGGACAGUGCGUCGUCUGUCCGCGAUGGGUAUACAAACUACGUCAUACCCGAACAUUGGCCGUCAAUUUGGAGGAAAUAACCGAUGUGCCCGAGGAAGUCUUUCAAUUGGCCCAGAAAGAAGGCGUGCAUGUAGUGGACUUUGCCCGGAAUCAGCUAAGAACCGUGCCCAACGGCUUGCAGCACAUGCAGAAUAUUGUCACGGAACUGGUCCUCGCCCACAACCGCAUUGGCCAAGUGCCGCAGUUCAUCUCACAGUUCACGCGCAUUACGUUACUGAAUUUAUCCAACAAUCUGUUGACUGACCUGCCCAAGGAGUUUGGUGUCCUGAACACGCUACGCGAACUGAACAUAGCCAAUAAUCGUUUUUCGUUUCUUCCCAGUGGUUUGUACGACUUGCAGGGUCUGGAGAUACUCAUUGCCAGCGAUAAUCACAUCAAUGAAUUGAAUGUCGCGGGGCUACAGCGCAUGCCGCGCUUGUCUACAUUGGAUUUGCGCAACAACGACAUUGAUUUCAUACCGCCAAUAUUGGGUACCCUGACCAACAUAACGCACUUGGAGCUGGUGGGAAAUCCAUUUCGACAGCCACGCCAUCAGAUCCUGAUGAAGGGCACCGAAUCGAUAAUGUCGUAUCUGCGGGAUCGCGUACCCAGAUAAAGCAAGAUAUCGCAAUCUACACCUUUUAUUUGAGUUUUUCAGCCAAUUUUCACUGGUAUAAUGUUUUUUUUUUGGGACAAACAUAACCGAUACUUUACCAAUGCUCCACCACGCCCACACACAUCCAUACUUAACCUAUAGUCUGCCUGUGUGUGGACGAGGCGGAGAUCGCGCAAGGAAGGUACCUUAUAACAUAGAAAGCAUCCCGCAUUUACCAUCUACUCUACCAACUGAACUAGUCAGCGUUUGGCAACACACGGCGCACCACCCUGUUAAAUUCUGGUUUAAAAUUUUUAAUUAAAAAUAAAAAACAAAAACUAA